AAUAUGCGUAUUGAUAGAUAAUAACUUAUUUAUGUGUGACUUAUUAAAUUCUGGUGUGGUUUAAUUCAGGAAGUAUGGUCGAUGUCGAUAUGUAUUUAGGUACAUGUCCUGUUGAUAGCACAUUGAAUUGUAUGACAAAUGACGACAGUAGAUGAAUAAUUUUACUUUUGUAAGUUAAAAGGCGUAGAAAGGUCUUGGUCUUAUUGUUCGUGAAGAGCCAAAUCUUCAUACAUAGGAGAGCAAUAAAUAAUGCUACACUUUCUCAUACUUAUCUUAUUCCUAGAGAAGGGCUUAUCAUCAUCCCUCCCUUCUCAGCCCGUUAUUGACUUUGACAAAAACUACGUUGGAGUAGUUUAUGAACCGUACACUAAAUAUCAUGAAGAUCGGCAUGAUUAUACAAUUGAUGACGUCCAAGACAUGUUGCUCGUCGUCACGAAACGGUUUAAAUGGAUCUCAACUUACGGCAUGGGAACGAUUAGUAGCAUGAACAAUUGGAACGAAGGGCACGCUGGUGGUCUCUCUGGUGUAGCUGCAAGUUACGUCAACAAGAAAAUGAAUGCUCUAGAAUUAAUUGUCAACCUUGGGACUUGGUACAAUUCCAAUGACCAAAUUAUGAACCGAGAGAUUGAAAACGCCUUUAGCGUCGCGGAAGUAGCCAACAACAAUUUUAAGGGAACAGUUAACGGGGUGAUUAUCACGAGUUAUAAUACUUAUAGCGAUGACCAGUUGAGCAGAGUUGUCCAACUCUUGAAAGACAAUUUCAUGAAAGCACGCAACAUGUCACUUCAAUUGGGAGUGCGAACGAGUAAUUGUGACGCCUUAUCACACUCGGUUCUUGGGCGAGAAUUGGUAAAUCUCAUUGAUUUCAUCAAUUGUCAGAAACUUCCUACAAGUACGGCCAAAAAUGUGUCUUCCGAGGUUCGAUUGGUUGGUGAAUAUUUGCUCCAAAUUCAGAAAGAACUCGCGUCAGUUAAGCCUGAUCUCUACGUGGUCGGGGAGACUGGAUGGGCAAGUUUUGAUAAAAUAAAUGGUCAACGUAAUUACGAUACUUCCGUAAAGUUUUGGUUAGAAAUGGGCGAAUGGGCAAAAAUUAAUAAGUUUCGAGUCGACAUGUUUACUGCAUUUGACGAGCCUUGGAAAAUCUCGAUAGCGUCCCAUGAACCUCAUUUUGGAUGGUGGAAAAGAGUUAAGAACGACUCGAGUGACCAUGAAGCCUUUGUAGAAAAGUUUGCAUAUGUUGAGCCCGAACCUAUAGAACCAACUACUGACCACACGGUGGACAUCAUCUUGGGAACAAUUGGAUCGCUUGUUUUUCUUGCCAUGUUUUGUGGUUUGGUGUUUCUUUACAGAAAUUUGGUUGAUGUUAAAAAUCAGCUCUUGACUAAAGCUGAAAUCGAAGCAUUCGAAAAAGGGAUACAAUCCGAUGUGGGUAUGGAUGAAAACACAGAAGACGCCCUACGACUUCCGUAUGACCGAAGUUACGAAAUACCAAGAAAAAACUUAGUAAUAGAUACUUCCAGUCUUUUGGGAAGCGGGGCGUUCGGGAGCGUGUACAUGGGCAAAGUUGAAGGCCAGGAUUGCGUAUAUCGUGACGUUGCCUGCAAACUGACACAAUCUAAUUGUACAGCAACAGCAGCAAGAAGUUUACUUUCGGAAAUAAAAAUAAUGAUUCAUGUUGGGAAACAUCCAAAUGUGGUAUCGAUUAUUGGUGCUUGUACGGGAGAAAUUAGAAAAGGUAUGAUUAUGAUUGCAACCGAACUCUGUCUGGGUGGAAGUUUAGAGAAACGGCUUCGGGAAUAUAAAGCCAACUUGUCGCAACAGCCGAUCAUUACUAAUAAAAAUGAGGACUCUGUUCGAUACAUAAAUGUCCCAGGAAAUAAUGCGAUCACUGGAAAGAAUGCAACAGAAAAUUGUUUACGUUGGUCGUACGAAAUUGCAUGCGGGAUGGAACACAUUUCUUCAAAAAAGAUAAUUCACUCGGAUUUGGCAGCAAGGAAUAUAUUGUUAACUGUGGAUGGAACUACAAAGAUAACUGACUUUGGAUUAUCUCGUCGUAUGUAUGAGUAUACGAGCUAUGUCAAGAAGCACCAAGAACCUUUACCUUGGAGAUGGAUGGCGAUCGAAUCACUUCAAAGCAUGACAUUUAGUACGAAAUCUGACGUAUGGAGCUACGGAGUACUGCUCUUUGAAAUAUUCUCUUAUGGAGAUACCCCUUAUCCAGGAAUGGGCUGGACUGUGGACUUUGCCAAUGAUUUAGAAAAUGGAUUGAGAAUGAGCAAACCAAAUUUCGCCACUGCCGAAAUAUACUCAACAAUGUGCGAUUGUUGGAAGCCUGUGCCUAACGAAAGACCUUCGUUUACAAAUUUGGCAAGUUUUUUUCAAGGACUCAUGCACGAUCGUUCCUAUGAUCUGAACAAUACUGUUGAUGAAAUGAAUGAUGAAUCAGGAUAUUUGCUUAGAUGAAUUUUCUUUGGUACAUCCGCAACAAGAUAGAAGCUUCCAAUAAAACUAACAAGUGUCAUGAAUUUUUUACUUAUGAAAAAUUAGGAUUACUCCUUAAUCGUAAAUAAAAGAUUAUUUAUAUUUAGAAAAAAAUAGCUGAAUAAAUUAUACAUUAAAUUGCUUUCAGAAUUUAAA